AUGAAUGAGAGCCAAAGAGUUAUAGAAAAUCGUAAAAGAGUUCGCAAUGAGGUUAGGGUUAAAGCAUUAGUUAUCAAAAAAACUGAUUUUAAUGCAGUUGCUACUUCCCAGAAUCUUAAUUCUGAAGAAGCAAAAAAUCUUAA